CUGCCUAAAUAAGCUUUCACUCUGAAACUUCUACCCUAAAACCAUGACAGAAACCAGAACACAAACUUAUAGCAAGUGAAACUGACCGUCUCCUUACUUCGAAUGUUGUCGUUUUUUAUUCGUUGCGGCUUCUAGAGCUUCUUAUUGGUCCUGUGUUUUUUUUUCUUUAAAAAUAAUUUUUAGUUUUGACGGGGAAAAGGAAUUUUUUUUAAGUUUUCUUUUUGUUGAUUUUAAUUUUUCUUAUUAAAAACCUUCAUUAAUUACAAAGAGGGGGGAAAUCUGAAGGUAUUUGACCUCAAGGAGAGAGCUUGUUUUUCUUUAUAUGGCGGCUGCUUAAAACCCUUUAUGUUUUCCUUAUCUCUUUGUUAAAUUUGGGUUUGGUUUUCCCCUUAAUUCAUCGAUCCGUGAAGUUCUAAGACGAUACUCGUUUGGUUGUGGCUCCAAGUUUUUUUACGAAGUUAUUUUUGGGGCUUUGUUUUUCUUCAGUGUUUAAUUUCUUUCGAGGAUGUCUAAGAGCGAAGAUUCCGGUAGCCCUGGAUGGAGUGCAUCCUUUUUCAUGCCGACAAAGGAGGAUGUUGCUAGAGCAGUUGCUUCUGCUGCAGCAGCUGCGACUGCUGUUCAUUCUCCUCGACCAUCUGCUGUAUAUUCAUUGAAAGAUGAAAAUACCGGUAGCAGAUUUCAGAAGCUACAGCAUCAUGUAUCUAGAGUGUUAAAAGGUUUCUCGCAGCGCACUGAAGUGAGACGUGGAACUUACAAUCCGGAAGUUCUGACUAGCCAAAAGCGCCAGUGGGCUAGCUUUCAGCUGCAAUAUUUGGAUCAUAGAUCUUUUAAGGAACCCUCAAGGUUGUUCGAGAGCAUGGUUGUUGUUGGACUUCCUCCUAGUUGUGAUGUUCAGGCUCUUCAAAGGCUAUAUGUCACCAGACAGUUUGAAGGUUCUGGGAAGUUGCGAAGUGCUCUAAGUUGUCAGAAUAAUUCUCGUGUCGAACCUUGCCUCGAACCCCAGGUCUUAUUUGUUUAUCCACCAGAAAAGCAGCUACCUAUUAAAUACAAAGAUCUUCUUUCAUUUUGCUUCCCUGGAGGUGUAGAGGUUCAUGCCGUUGAGAGAACUCCUUCAAUGAGUGAGCUGAAUGAAAUUCUUCUUUCGCAGGAACACCUAAAUCAAAGUGAUCUGUCAUUUGUUUUCCGGUUACAGGUUGCUGAUAAUUCCACUUUGUAUGGGUGCUGUGUGUUAGUUGAAGAAAUAGUACAAAAGCCCUCUGGAUUGCUUUCUUUGAUUUCUGAUAGACAACCUGCCUACCCGUCUCGGAGUCGUUAUGUGAUGACCACUCGCAGAUGUUAUUGCAUUCUUUCGAGGCUUCCAUGCUUUGAGUUGCACUUUGGUGUUCUUAAUAGCAUCUUUGAUGAAGAAAGGUUGGAACGAUUAACAAAGAGUCUCGGUGAUAUAGAUUUGGAAUUGUCUGAGAGUUAUAGCAAUGAAGCAAUUAUAGAUGAUGCCUUAACGGAUCAAGGAGCUCUGGAGGACAUGCAGAAUGCAAUGACGGAAACCUCCGAGUACAGUUCCACAGAUUCUAAGCCUGGAGGUACUGAUGAUUGGAAUAGUUUGGAUCAUCAGAUGCUUGAGGGGGACUGUGACUCAAACAAAGUUGUUAACCGUGAUACUGUUGUUCCAUUUGAUCUUGAAACUGACACGUUUAAAAGUAAAAAAGAAUCUAGUGGUGCAUAUCCUGAAGAUUGUGACACUGAUGUUGAUGAAUUUACUACAAAUAAACAAACAGCAGAACGACAUUUGCCAAAUGCUGUUCUGCCAUUUCUGCGCUAUUAUCAGUAUGAAAGCUCUGAGUCUUCUUGCAGUUUUCAAGGUUCUCCUUGUGAUGAUAGGAAUUUGAGGAAUGAUGUUGAUGAUACAGAAACGGAAGAGGCAUCUAUUUCUGGCCAGGAAGAUUCUAGUGACCACCUUGAUAUCCUUGAAUGGGCUAAGGUAAACAAUCAUGGAUCAUUGCAGAUACUAUGUGAAUAUUAUCGGUUACGGUGUCCAGGUAGGGGUUCAAAACUUAGGUUUCAUCCUUUGGAGCACCUUCAUCCACUGGAAUAUCAUAGACCUGAUGAACAAGUUCUGCGUAUUGCUGGCUCAACCAUUGAUUUGAGAUCUUGCAGUACCAGUCUUGAAUUUGCUGAGGCACACACUGCUCUUUUGGCUGAAGAGGAAGCAACCGCUCUGUCAACAUGGGCUGUUGCAUGCAUGUGUGGAUCUCUGCGGCUUGAACAUGUGUUAACUAUCUUUGCUGGAGCAUUGCUCGAGAAACAGAUUGUAGUUGUUUGUUCCAAUUUGGGAAUCUUAUCAGCUAUAGUUUUGUCAAUUGUCCCUCUUAUCCGUCCAUACCAAUGGCAAAGCCUUUUGAUUCCGGUUUUGCCGGAUGAUAUGCUAGAUUUUUUAGAUGCGCCUGUUCCUUACAUAGUUGGUGUAAAGAACAAAACCAGUGAAGUGCAGUCAAAGUUGGCCAAUGUCAUUCUGGCUGAUGCCAAUAAGAACCAGAUAAAGGCAUCCACAAUACCACAAUUGCCACAGCAUAGGGAGCUCUUUGCCUGCUUAAGUCCCUAUCAUGCAAAGCUCGUUGGUGAAAGUUAUUUGGGGAGGAAAAGACCAGUAUAUGAGUGCACAGAUGUGCAGAUUGAAGCUGCCAAAGGUUUUAUAUCGGUGUUAAGAUCAUACUUGGAUUCUCUUUGCUCUAACAUGCGGUCACACACAAUUACAAAUGUACAGUCAAACAAUGAUAAGGUAUCAUUGCUUUUAAAAGAGAGUUUCAUUGAUUCAUUCCCUAGUCGUGAUCGACCAUUUAUGAAGCUGUUUGUGGACACACAACUCUUCACUGUACAUACAGAUCUUGUUCUAUCAUUUAUCCAGAAGGAAUAGGAGAGACCACAAUCAUCCAAAGAUGGCCUGCUACCGUAGUGUUGUAACUUGGACAUAAGUUCAGCAAUGAUUGUAUAAUGUCAAAUCAUGUUAUCAAUCACCAUAAUGUUAUAGGGU